AUGGUGGACGAGCAGGUCAAGGAUCUGUUCGGCAGCGACAGUGACGACGAGGCGCCGCAGGCGGAGAAGGCGCGUGCUGGGGGCGAUGAGGCACAGGCGGAGCGGCAGGCUGGCAAGGCAGCGGCAACCAACCUUUUUGGCAGCUCGGACGAGGACGAUGAGCCGCCUGGGGCCAGCCAUCCGGUCACCCAGGCUCUGGGGGAGGACGAGGACGAGUACCCCGCCAGGAGCCCCAGCCCGGGCGCGGCGCGCGGCCCGCCCGUGUACGUCGACCUGGAGACGUUUGACGUGCAGCCGCAGGACAGCCUGCGCCUGGUGAAGCUGCCCAACAUCCUGGGGGUGGAGGCGCGGCCGUUUGACCCCGACACGUUUGAUGCGGGGGCGGAGGAGGAGGUUGACGAGCGCGGCUUCAAGCGCGUGCGCCUCAGAGACCAGAACUGCAUCAGGUGGAGGUGGGGGGUGGACGAGGAGGGCAACCAGGUGCGGGAGAGCAACGCGCGCUUUGUGCGCUGGAGCGACGGCAGCCUGCAGCUGGUGGUGGGCGAUGAGGUGAUGGAUGUCAAGGAGAUCGACACGACCAACGAGCACACCUACAUGUGCGUGCGGCUGCCGGGGCUGAUCCAGGGCCAGGGCCAACUCACCCGCAAGAUGGUCUUCCAGCCCGCCUCGCUGCAGAGCAACCUGCACAAGCAGCUGCGGGCGGCGGCCGACAAGCUGCACGUCAAGACGCAGAGGGUGCGCGCCACCACCACCCUGGUGGACCCCAAGAAGCUCAAGGCGGAGCAGGAGCGGGCCGAGGCGGAGCGCAUCCGCAGCCGCGAGAAGCUGGCGGAGCGGCAGACCAAGACGAUGCGCAAGUUUGGGCUGCCCGCCAUGCCGCGCGCGCGCAUGCCGCAGCAGCUCAACGCAGACUACUUGGAGGAGGAUGAGGACCAGGAUGAGGAGGAGGGGAUGGGUGAGGACCUGCAGGAGGCGCAGCGGCAGCGCAUGUUGGGGCGGGCGCGGGGCGCGUAUGAUGAGGACGAGGAGGAGGCGGCGGCGCGACUGGCGGCAGCCAAGAGCGGCGCGCCGGCGCCAGGCGGCAAGCGGCGACGCAUAGAGGAGGAGGAGGAGGAGGAGGAGGAGCUGAGUGCUGAGGAGGAGGAGGACGAGGAGGAGAUGAAGGACUUUAUCGUUGACGAAGAGGAAGAGGAGGAGGGUGGACGGGCAGGCGGCACGGCAGCGGCAGAAGAGGAGGAGGCGCCACCGCCCAGCAAGCAGCAGCAGCAGCCAGCAGUCAAGCAGCGGCGGCAAGUGGUGCUGAGCGACAGUGAGGACGAGUGA